AACAGGUUGUACAAGGGGAAAGGGAAAGCUGGUAAUUAGUAAUCACAUUGGAGCCGUCUGAUUCUCUAAAGAGAGCUAGCUUGGUCUUCCUCGAAACGAAACAACGAGAGCCUCCCGAGUCCAGAGUCCAGAGUCCGUCCAGCCAUCGAUCAACCUCAAACUAAACCCACCCUCCUUUCUCUUCCUCUCCCUCUCCGCAGGUGCCAGCGCCAAAAUGGGACAAGAGGCAACUGCACUUGAGGAUUCUCCAGUUGAGUCCUUGCUGCAGGCUGCAAGAUAUGAUGACAUGGAAGUCAUUACGUCCUUAGUAUCCGAUGGUGUUUCUCUUGAUUCUAAGGAUUCCCAAGGCCGAACAGCACUACACAUGGCUUCUGCUAAUGGUCAUCUUGACAUUGUGGAGUAUCUUAUCAGUAGAGGAGUGGAUCUUAAUGCUUCAAAUGCGGAGAUGAAUACACCCCUACAUUGGGCCUGCCUGAAUGGACAUGUCGAGGUGGUUAAGAAAUUGAUCUUGGCGGGAGCUAAUGUAGCUGUACUAAACAGCUAUGAGAAGAGCCCAAUUGAUGAAGCUUUGAGUGGGCAAAAGAUGGAUGUUAUUGAUGCCAUUAAUGAAUCAGUGGCCCAAGUAGAGCUUACUGGCAUCAGAGUCUCCUAGUGCAUUGCAGCUCUAAUGAAAUGUAGAUGACGAGUUUACGACAGAUCCAGAGAUGUUAUCUUAUUAUCUUUUUUAUUUUCUUAUUGCAAGCUUGUAAUCGGAAACUUUUGGUUAUGAAUGUAGAAGAUUGCUAAAUUCUAAUAUCUUAUCAUCAUUUUUAUUUUCUUA